AUGCCCCCGGUGGCGCAGGUGGACCGGUCCGACGACCCGCACCGACGCUCCAUCACAGGUGCGGACGCUCGCGCUGAGAGGCGUCAGCGCUCGGAGCGUGUCUCUGAUGAUUGUCCUCACUGCAUCAUUAGAGAACGAAAGUCAUUAAACGGUUUAUGUGAACAGCUUUCGUCCGGGCUCCAAAUAGGCAGCGCCGUCGCCCUUCUGCUGUGGUUUCUGGCUUUUGGAUCAAAUCACAGCGCUGCCUUUGAUGAGGGCUUCACUUUCCAGUUUGCGUUAAAACCGGAGCGUCAGAUUGCAGCCGAGCUCUCACGGGCAGAGAUCAGCCUAAGAGGAGACGAGUGGGAACCCUCUGAGCACGCUCAGGUUUCUGGGCCAGAAGAAAAGGUUUGUCCACGCCAUUCUGAUCUGGUGGAGUUUCCCAUGUUCUGCACUGCAGCAGGGUUUUGUUCAGGCAAAAAACCUUUCUCAGGUGCUGAAAUGACACGAAUGUGCUUUAUCUUCCUGCUGAUGAGUAAAGCUGCUUCGGUCUCCACACAGUUUAAUGGAUACAACUGUGACGCCGCCUACCACAGCAGGUUUCCUGGCGAGCGGGACAUCAGCGUCUACUGCGGCGUUCAGACCAUCACGAUAAAGAUCAACUUCUGCCCCAUACUGUUUUCCGGCUACACCGACGCCGACCUGGCCCUGAACGGUCACCACAGUGACGCCCAAUGCCGGGGCUUCAUCAACAACAACACCUUCCCCACGGCGGUCCUGUUCAGCAUCAGUCUCAGCACUCUGGAGGCCUGUGGGAACAGCCUGGUGGUCAGCACGGCGCACGGGGCCAACGCCUAUGGGAACAUGUCUCUGGUACAAAUUGGUAACGUCUCAGGUUACAUCGACACCCCUGACCCAGCGGCUGUAAUCAGCUACCUGCCCGGGCUGUUGUAUAAGUUCAGCUGCAGCUACCCGCUGGAGUAUCUGGUCAACAACUCACAGCUGGCGUCCUCGUCUGCAGCUGUUUCCGUCAAGGACAACAACGGUACAUUCGUGAGCACGCUGAGCUUGAUCCUCUACAACGACUCCUCCUUCAGCCAGCCUCUCUCCAUACCAAUGGCCGGACUGGCCCUGAAAACCAGAGUGUUUGCUGCCGUGAAGGCCACAAACUUAGACAAGCGGUGGAACAUCCUGAUGGACUACUGUUACUCAACCCCCUCAGGGAAUCCUAAUGAUGAACUCCGCUAUGACCUUUUCUUUGGCUGCUACAAAGACCCGCAGACGACGGUUUUCGAGAACGGCAAGAGUCAGAUGGGCCGUUUCUCCUUCGAGGUUUUCCGAUUCGUUAAACACAGACACCAGAAGAUGUCAACUGUGUUCCUGCACUGCGUCACCAAGCUGUGCCGGGCGGACGACUGCAUCAUGCUCAUGCCGAUUUGUGGGCGGCGGCGGCGGCGGGAUGGAGAGGAGAGGCCGGAUGCUCCUGCAGCAGCAUCUGGAAAUGCCGUCAUCACCGCCGGGCCCAUUGUCACCAGGGGUGAUGAAACUCCAGUCAACAACUCCCAGCUCGCGCCUGCUGGCCCGGCCCGGUCCAUCAACCCGGUCACCGUAGCUCUGAUCUCAGGUGUGGUCGUUCUGGGCGGGAUCAGCGGGGCCUUCUUCCUGUUGGUGCUUUGCCUCCUGCACAAGUCCAACCUCCCGACGACGGCGGUCUCAGGUGUCUGCAACCCAAGUUUCAAAUGAAGCUACGUAACAACACAUAGACGUGCUGCCCAUGAAUCACAGUGUUACUGGGUCGUAUGGACAGAUUCUACUGGUUGGUUAUUAUUGUGGAUAGAGUGGAGAAAACAUAAGGGUUUGAGGCAAUCGGAUGAGGGAGAUGAUAAGGCUGAAUUUGUCCUUGCAUGAGUACUACUGAGUAUUAUGUAGGUACUAUAAGUACUACUGUAUGGACGCUUUUGUGUCAAAUCAAAUAAAGCAAGUUAACCUUUCUGAUGAUGAACUGAUGAAGAAAGGACAGAAAACUAUAUGAAAUAAACAUAUUAGACCAUUAGUACUUCACUAAGUACCAACAGUGGACCCAUUUAAAGGAGAGGAACAAAACAUGCAGUCAGAGUGGAAAUAUUUAGCUGCUACAGUGGCGUGAGCUCAGCCUUCCAUCCACGGCGCCUGCACAACAGAAGACUUCCACAGGCGUGUGUGUGAGGAAUGCCUUGUUGUGUCCUGUUUUCUACUCCAGUGUAUCUUUUAUGAGCCGCCGCGGCGCCGGCUGAAUACUAAGAGCAGAUUUCCACAAGCAAACAUCAAUUUCUCGACUUCUUAUUAUUUUUAAAUGACUCGGAAAAAAACAAGGCUGCCACGUCUUGUUUUUCCUCCGGUUUGUUUCUUGUUCUCCGCCCUUUUCCUCUGAAGUGAUGAAGCCUUCGUUUUCUUAUUCCCUCAUCCCUGUUUCAUCCACUGUACCCACAUUAUGUGCUGGCUGUAUGUGCAUGUGUGAUACUGUACAUAUUUUUCUAACGGAUGCCUGCUCCAGUGUGCGUGUGUCUUCUAAGCGCAGACACAUUAAAUGUUCAUUGUACUCGUUUACUGUAGGUGCUUGUGUAUUUAUUGCCUCCAGUUCAUCAGGAGACGCUGGAAUCUUUCUUCUGACAUUCAACAAGAAAGAAAAUACAUAACUAUAAUAAGUUAUUGCUUUAUAUAAGUAUGCCUAUUAGAUAGAAAGUCAAGGUUCCUAUUUCGCGGGAGCUUCGCUUCUUUGAAGCAUGUCGAGUCUCACUGCAUGCGUUAAAGCUCCGGGAGUGUGAGUGGACCUUGACUAACCCAUUAAAGUAUAUUUUUAGCUAAUCCUGUCAAGUUAUAACCAAAUGAGAAUAGUUUUGAAUAUUUCACAUAAAGGGGAGAGUUGUUGAUUCGCUCUUGGAGACAGGUCUCCUGGCUUUGAUUCGAUAAUGAAUCGACCGAAGCCCUGCUCAACAUAAAACCGAAUUAUACCAGUUUUCCAUCCGCGUGUGUCACCCGGCUUUGGCAAGUGUUUCCUGCACGCUGAUGAGCAGAGCAGCGGUAAAUAUUAGCACUGUGGGUAAUAAACACUUCUUUAAAUAGGCCCUUGGCAUUUGCUCCGUGAUUUAUCUGCCCGUGAUCAGUAAAGUUUACUUAAUCUUCUUUAAUAUUGACAUAUAUCUGUGAAAGUUUUCCAAAUGUCACAGCCUCGUGGGUGUCCAAUAUCCAAGAAAAUGAACAAAAUACCAAGCACUGCCAGAGCUCAUUUGAUGACUGCCAGAAUUAAUCUUUCAAUUUUUGCCGUAUUGAUUUUCCUUCCCGAUGACCUAUAUAAAUAAAUGU